AUGGCACUGUUGAAUCCUAAAACGACGGAGAAAGAGUUUUUCGGCAUGUUUGGUGCCCUAGGCAUCCCAAUAUUCUUGCCCUUGCUCAUUAUUUUCUUCCAAUUGAUCACGAACUCUCAUUACGCCAUCAAAGGUAUCAGUCUCGACUUGUCUAAAGUUAUCGAGCAAAUCCCCCAAUCGUGGAGUGAACUAGCAGAUAUUUGCUUCGACAAGAAAUGUUGGGUUGCCUAUCUUGUGUGGUUCUUCGUUCUUGCAGUAUUUGAUGUCUACUCUCCAGGCAGAGAUGUUGAAGGUGUUGAAUUGAGAGACGGAACGAAGUUGAUGUACCGUAUUAAUGGUCGUUUCAUGUCCUCUUUGUUGGUAGUAAUCAUUGUUGCAAGGGCAUUUGCGUCAGAAAACUUUUACUUGCCGGAAUUACAGUUCCUCUAUGACAAUCAGUUACAGUUGACAAUGGUUACAAUUAUUUUCUCAUUCUUGCUAUCCUUCUUCGUUUACUUUUGCUCCUUCAUCCCAUUACGCCGCCCUAAUGGUGCCAAGACAAAGGAAAGAAUCUUAUCCAUCAACGGAAACUCUGGUAACGCAAUCUACGACUGGUUCAUCGGAAGGGAGUUGAACCCAAGAAUUGGUUCUUGGGACAUCAAAUUGUUCUGCGAACUCAGACCAGGCAUGCUUUUGCUAUUCUUAAUUAACUUGUCAUGUCUUCAUCAACAAUACCACAUCCAGGGAAAAGUGGCUGAUUCAAUGUGGUUGGUUAACGCCAUGCAAGCAUUUUACAUCUUUGAAGGUGUCCUUAAUGAAGAAGGUUGUUUGACCAUGAUGGAUAUUGCUACCGAUGGAUUCGGCUUUAUGCUUGCCUUUGGUGACUUGGCUUGGCUUCCGUGGUCGUACUCAUUACAGGCUCGCUACUUGGCAUUACCAGGAAAUGCAUACCACUUGGGCUGGCUCAAAUGCUCUCUCAUUUUGUUGGUGAACGUUUUGGGUUACUAUAUUUUCCACUCUGCCAAUCAGCAGAAAUCGGACUUUAAGCAGGGCAAAUUAAAGCACUUGAAAAGCAUCACGACACCCACAGGCUCGAAAUUACUUGCUGACGGUUGGUGGAGCACGAGUCAGCAUAUCAAUUACUUCGGAGACUGGCUUAUUGGCUGGUCUUGGUGCUUACCCACGGGCACUAUGACUUUACUCACAUACUUUUACGUCAUUUACUUUGGCGUUUUGUUGGUUCACAGACAGACUCGUGAUGAAGCCAAGUGUAGAAACAAAUAUGGCAAGGCGUGGGAGGAGUACGAGAAACAAGUUCCAUACAAGAUCGUGCCAUACGUUUAUUAA